UUCAAAACAAUUAGCAAACUUGUUAUUACCCUGCUUUUGUCAUUUGUGACUCUGGGAGAAGCAAGGAAGUCAUUUCUCAGUAUUCUGAAUAUAGAAAAGACUGAAAUGCUGUUUUUCAUAAAAACUGAAGAAAGUGUCAGAAGAUGAAGUUAUGAAAAUGAUUGGCACUCCAGCUGUCUCUGCUUGCAAAUAGAUGAUCUUAAACUGCUGCAAGUGGUGAAUGUGACAAAAACCUUAUCAAAUUUAAAAAAAAAAAAAAAAAACCUUGUGACAGAUGAAGAUGGAGAGACAAGUGUUCAACUGUGGGAUUCUGAAGGUAGGCAAGGUUCAAGAAAUGUUCAAGUCAAAGUGCUUAAACAAAGAAAGAUGGUCUUAAGGCACCAAUGCAUAUUGAUUGAAAUAUCCUAAAUGCUUAUUCUACCAAUUUGCAUUGGAUGCAAUAUUGAAUUGCUGGUGUUUGAAACAGUGUGAGAGAGACCUUUGCCAAUAAUUCUUGGGUUAGUUACGCAACUUUUUUUUCUUAUGCCACUUUAUGAAUUGCCUUUGACACAGAUCGGUAUCACAGGAGGCAAAACCUAGAUUUUUGGAUUUAUAAUGACCUGCACAUGCCCAGGAGGAAUGAAUUUCUUAUAUAUAUACAGUAGGAUGUUAAGGUUAUCAUGCACAUUUUAUAUUCUUGUUUCUAAAAUUAUAUAUACCUUUUUAUACUCAUCAGUUGGAAUAGUCAAGUGUAGAAUACCUGAAAAAGCAAACUUCUUGGAGAGAAUAAUUAAUUCCGUUUUAAUGUCUGUAGGGAUUUAUUUGACUUUUAGAAUAAUGUCUCUAAAAAUGGUUAACCUAGAGGUGCCUUUAUUGGGUGUCUUAGUUCCUGCUCUGGGUUUGUUGUUUGGGUACUCCUUUGCUAAAAUUUCUGUGCUGCCUCUUCCUGUUUGUAAACUUGUUGCUAUCAGAAGUGGGAUGCUAGUUUCUUAGCCCUUGCCAUUAUUCAGCUCUUUUUCACAGUCCAAGACUGACUUAGCUUCUGUGACUCGUUUUACAGUGGUUAUGCAUUCUGGAUGUGAAAUGUUACUGUUCCUCCUUUUCUACAAAUCUAAGGAAAGAUGUAUCCUUAUCAUAGAAGAUAAAAGGAAAAAGAAAUCCCGAACAAUUAAAGCACUAUGGAAUUCUUACUCUGAAUGAGGUACUGUGGGAGAUUCAAAGUAUACUUAAAAUGAUGCCUGUUUUCAAAACACUUAUGAUCUAAUUGAAAAUCUGACACUACGGGAGUGCUAAACACCCUAUGAGUAGUACAGACAGUUAAAUGUACAGAAAUUCAGAGGAAGGAGACCACUUUUCAACUGUGUUAGUUUGGAAAUGUUUUAUAGAGUUGAAUUUGAAUAUGGCCCUUUAUUAGGGUUUCAUAAACAGGAAAGAGCAAUAAAUAAUCCUUUAGUGAUUGUGAUAUAUUCCAAGUAUUUAUGGAAGGGCUCUCAUGUAAUAGGCACUCAGUAAAUGCUCACACAGUAAAUGAAUAUAUAAAUUCCGACCUGGAUCUCUCAUUGGCUCGUCAGAAUCAAUGUCUUUUUUUUUUUCCCCCCAGUAUGUCUUAAAUGUAGCCUCUCUGCUCUCAAAACUGUACUUCCUCUGUCUUGCCCAUGUGGCAGUAAAGACAUUACCAUUUAUAUUGAAACACAGGGUCAUCUCUUUCCCCUUUUCUCCUUUCUUCCUUUCAUUCUUUCGUUUAUAGUCCAGUUAUUUCCUACAGAAAAUUUCCAAUAAUAUCUUUUUAUCAAUCUCCUCUUCAUUCCCAGUAAUACCACUUUUUCCCUACCCCAUAUUAUUGCUUUCCUAAAUCUUUAACUGGCUUUUGUCCCCUCUGCCCACUCUCCAAUCACUGUCAGAUUAAUCUUCCUAAAAUCUAACUUUGUCUAUCUUCCCUGCUACCAGCUUUUUUGCCUUUUGAAUAGUCUGUAUUCCUUAGCAAUCCAUUUCUUUAUUACACUGUACUAUCUGACUUCAUUCUCACUUCCCAGUUUUAUCUCCACUCCCACUUCUUUACAUACAGCCUGUUCCAUUCAAACUGGAUGACUCAGUAGCUCAUGAAUAUGCCUCUGUUCUCACUGUUAACCUGAGGGGCAGGCCUCGUCUUUAUCUAAAUUCUGACUACUCCUGCAGACCUGGCUCAAGUGUCAA